AUGCCUUUUCCCUACAAGAAAGCUGUGGUCAUUGGAGCCACGAGUGGUAUCGGCGGGGCCUUCGCCAAAAGAUUGAUCGAAGACGGGUCCUUCGUGAUCGCAGUUGGGCGCCGAAAAGAGAACCUCGAAAAGCUCGUACAGUCCUUUGGCCAUGAUAAGUGCCAGGCUGUGCCAUUUGAUAUCACCCAACUCGAUUCCAUACCACAUUUUGUCACUAACAUCACCAAUACUCACCCGGAUGUUGACUGUAUCAUGCUCAACUCCGGCAUUCAGAGAAGAACAGACUUCAGCGAGCCCGAUUCGAUAGACAUGGCCUCGGUGCAGCUAGAGUUCAACACCAACUACAUUGCCCAUUUGGCGCUGACCAAAGCAUUCUUGCCAUUCUUGCAAAAGAAACAGACUGAGGCAGCUUUGGUAUACGUUACCUCGGGACUGGCCCUGGUUCCCAUCCUACGCUGCCCCAAUUAUUGUGCUAGCAAGGCAGCAUUGCAUCAGUUCAUACUCUGCCUGCGAGAACAGUUAAAGAGCUCGAAGGUCAAGGUGAUCGAGGUCUUCCCACCGGCAGUCCAAACAGAGCUCCACGACGAGAAGCAUCAGCCUGAUAUCCAAAACGGUCGAUCGAUUGGCAUGCCUCUCGAUGAAUUCAUGGAUGAGGCAUAUGCCGGACUGGUUGGUGGCGCGGACCAGAUUCCCGUUGGAAUGGCGAAGCGGGCAUUUGACGGGUUUGAAGUAAAACGUCAAGAGGCUUUUGCGCACAUGUUGAAGAUGAUGGGUGGCGGCCCUUAG